CUGGUGGCGCUGGGAGUGCGAAUGGGGUCUCGGCGGGCGCCGGCGCCUCUGCUGCUGCUGCGGCGGCGCUGGUACCGCUCCGAGAGGGGGGUCUACGGCUACAAGCCGAGCCGCAAGGCGGAGAGCGGAGCUGCCGAUGGCGCGGAGCCGCGCGAUUCCCGCAGCAGAGCAGUAGACCAUGGACUGGCUCGCUUGGUGACAGCAUACUAUGAACAUGGCCACAAAGCUGCCAAAAUCAACCCUUUAUUUACUGGCCAAGCUGUGAUGGAUAUGGUACCUGAAAUCCAAGUUUUGACUGAAGUUCUUCAAGGACCUUUCAAUACUGCAGGGCUUUUGAACAUGAGAAAGGAGGUGGCAUCCCUAGAGGAUAUAUUGUCUUACCUGGGCCACGUAUACUGUGAACAUAUGUCUAUAGAGACCAGUCAGCUGUCAAGCUUGCAAGAAAGAGAAUGGAUUGCUAAACGGUUUGAGGAGCUGAAACAAGAAGCAUUCACUACUGAAGAGAAAAAGUAUUUGUCCAAGCUCAUGCUAGAAUCUCAGGAAUUUGAUCAUUUUUUGGCUACAAAGUUUGCCACAGUGAAAAGAUAUGGUGGUGAAGGAGCAGAGAGCAUGAUGGGUUUCUUUCAUGAAUUGUUAAAGAUGUGCUCAUACAGUGGGGUGACGGACAUCGUACUUGGAAUGCCUCAUCGAGGCAGACUUAAUCUCCUCACCGGCCUUCUUCAGUUUCCACCUGAGCUGAUGUUCCGUAAAAUGCGAGGCCUGAGCGAAUUUCCAGACAACUCACCAGCAAUUGGAGAUGUCCUAUCUCACCUGACUGCUUCAGUGGAUCUUGAUUUCGGGUCUCACCGACCUAUUCAUGUCAUCCUGUUGCCAAACCCUUCCCAUCUAGAAGCCAUUAACCCUGUGGCAGUUGGCAAAGCAAGGGGGAGGCAGCAGUCUCUGCUCGAUGGGGACUACUCUCUAGACAGUUCUGCACAGCCUGGAGACAAAGUCAUCUGCCUGCAGGUUCACGGUGAUGCAUCUUUCUCUGGCCAAGGCAUUGUUCCUGAAACUUUUACACUUUCCGGUCUACCACAUUUUAGAAUAGGAGGAAGCAUUCAUCUCAUUGUUAACAAUCAGUUGGGCUACACCACUCCAGCAGAGCGAGGGAGGUCAUCUCUGUAUUGCAGUGAUAUUGGCAAGAUCGUUGGUUGUGCAGUUAUCCAUGUAAAUGGAGAUGACCCUGAAGAAGUAAUCCGAGCCACUAGAUUAGCUGUUGAAUACCAGCGCCAUUUUCGUAAGGACGUGAUUGUGGAUUUGCUGUGCUACCGGCAGUGGGGUCACAAUGAACUGGAUGAGCCAUUCUUCACUAACCCCACCAUGUACAAAAUUAUCAGGUCACGUAAGAGUAUUCCAGACACUUAUGCAGAGCGUCUGGUAGCCCAGGGACUAAUGACAGAGGAAGAAGUGUCUGAAAUAAGGACUUCCUAUUACUCUAAACUGAACGAACAUCUUGCCAACAUGACUUUGUACAGCCCUCCACCCACCAAUCUUCAGGCUCAUUGGAGUAACAUGGUGGAGCCCUCGCCAAGGAUCACCACAUGGGAUACCGGCAUACCAAUUCCACUCCUUCAGUUUGUUGGGGUCAAGUCUGUGGAGGUGCCAGCGGAAAUGCAGCUGCACAGCCAUAUUCUGAAGACACACGCCCAGUCAAGAAUGCUGAAGAUGGAAGAAGGAGUAAAGCUGGACUGGGCCACAGCUGAAACGUUAGCUUUUGGUUCUCUGCUCUGUCAAGGUUUUAAUAUUCGCCUGAGCGGACAGGAUGUUGGCCGAGGGACAUUUAGCCAGAGACACACAAUGCUGGUUUGCCAAGAGACGGGUGAAACCUACAUCCCUUUGAAUCACAUGUCGCCAGAUCAGAAAGGUUUCCUUGAGGUGAGCAACAGCCCCCUCUCAGAAGAAGCUGUGCUUGGCUUUGAGUAUGGAAUGAGCAUUGAGAGCCCCAAAUUGUUGCCUAUUUGGGAGGCUCAGUUUGGUGAUUUCUUUAAUGGAGCUCAGAUAAUAUUUGAUACAUUUAUCUCUGGAGGGGAAGCAAAGUGGCUUCUACAGAGUGGAAUAGUCGUUCUUCUCCCACAUGGGUAUGACGGUGCUGGACCGGAGCAUUCUUCUUGCCGAAUUGAACGUUUCUUGCAGAUGUGUGAUAGCUCAGAGGAGGGUGUGGAUGGUGACCAUGUCAACAUGUGUGUUGUGCACCCAACAACCCCAGCACAGUAUUUCCACUUACUCCGUAGACAGAUGGUUCGAAACUUCCGGAAACCUUUGAUUGUUGCUUCUCCAAAAACUCUGCUCAGGUUGCCUGCUGCUGCGUCAAGCUUAGUAGAAAUGGCCUCAGGAACAACGUUCAGACCAGUUAUUGGUGAUUCGACGGUGGAUCCUAAAAAUGUGAGCAGAGUAAUUCUCUGUUCUGGAAAACAUUACUAUUCUCUGUCAAAACACCGGGAGAUGCUUGAAGAAAAGAAGCAAAAUACAGCAAUUAUCAGAUUAGAAGAACUGUGUCCUUUUCCGAUAGAAGCUCUUCAGCAAGAGAUUAAAAAAUUUACUAAUGCAAAAGAAUUUAUAUGGAGUCAAGAGGAGCCACAGAAUAUGGGGCCCUGGGCGUUUGUGUCACCAAGAUUUGAGAAGCAACUGGCCUGUAAGCUCCAUCUUGUAAGUAGACCUGCGUUACCAGCACCUGCAGUGGGCAUUGGAAUGUUACACCAAAAACAGCAGGAAGACCUUCUCACCAAAACAUUUGCUUGAGACCUAUGAACUGUGUUAAUUCUUGAAGGUUAAAACAAGGUCUUAGUGAAUGAGAAUGUUACAAACCUGAAUGUGAUCAUGAGGCAUGUUGUUUACAAUUGUAUAUUGGGUACAAGCCAGCUAAAGUUCAUUUCAGUGUAUACUUAAGCAUGUAUUUAAAUCUGCACCCUUGGAUGGAGCGUAAGUGCAUUUAUCUGUAUUUGGAUCUUUCCUAUUGCAAUUUGCUUAUGUUUAGGUAAGAAAUCUUUAAAAAAUAAA